GGGAAUCAGCCACUGUCAGAGCGCGAAAUUUUUCAUUUUACACAUUCUUGCUUCGCUUUAUGCAAGCAUCAAACUAAGGAUGGCAAAAAUGAGUCUCUCUUCCUACAUAUUAAUGCUGACUGUGUCUCUGUUUUCUCAAGGUAUUUUACUUUCAGCUUCCAAGUCCAUAAGAAAUUUAGAAGACGACGUGGUAUUUAAUACAUUUAGGAUGGGAAAAGCCUUCCAGAGGGAAGACGCCGCCGCAGAAAGGUCGCUUGUGGCUCCCUCUCUGGAACAAUAUAAAAAUGACGACAGCGGCUUCGUGAGCGACGAUGAGAACAAGAAUUCAAAGAACCCAGGCUCCAAACAGAAUCUCCUAAGUCAUGGUCUGCCACUGAAUCUGGCUAUAAAACCUUAUCUUGCUCUGAAAGGAUCAGUAGCUUUUCCAGCUGAGAAUGGAGUUCAGAAUUCCGAGUCAACACAAGAAAAGAGAGAAAUUGGGGAUGAAGAAAACUCAGCUAAAUUUCCCAUAGGAAGGAGAGAUUUUGACAUGCUCAGGUGUAUGCUGGGGAGAGUCUACCGGCCCUGCUGGCAAGUCUGAGUCCUGCUGGUCCACGCCGUCCUUCCAGAAGAACGCAAUUCAUUGCAAGGGGAGAGAAAAGCCCUUAGUGUUGAUAUGACCUGUGCAUUAUCCUAAAUGUCUGUUUAGAAAUAGUUAAGACGUAAUGACCUACAUGAUAUGCUUUGACUUGUGCAUUAAACUUUAUGGAAUUCCUGCAUAA